CAUUUAUAGACAAAACGAUCAGAGAGAGAGAAAGAGCAUACAAAACUUGACAUAUCCUUUUUAGUUUCCACAAACGUGCAAUAAGCCUACAACCUCGACUGCACGAAAAGAAAAACGCUCAAUUAUAGCAGCACUUAGCGCUGGAAAGGAUAAGUAACACUGAGGAACCAGACACAUGCCAUUGCUAUAAAUAACAGUACAUUAGACAGUGUGCAAUGACUCCGCCGCUCUCACAGGCCUACAGGAGGCGCUGGUGGAUGGCUGUCACAUCAAUCAUAGAAAACCUGCUCUUCUCUGCUGUAUUGCUGGGUUGGGGCUCCCUUCUUAUCAUGCUGAAGAAUGAGGGCUUCUACUCGCACCUGUGUACAGAGAAUGUCACAGAGACUCACACUAAUGUGAGUUUGACGGAACGGACGGUUUGGCUGAGCUGUAUUGAGCAGGAGGAGAUUCUGAAUCUGGGCUUUACGAUUGGCUCGUUCAUCAUCAGUGCAGCCACUCUGCCGCUGGGUAUUCUGAUGGACAAGUUUGGACCACGUCCAAUCAGAUUGUUUGGCAGUUCGUUCUUUGCCUUAUCCAUGGUUUUGAUUGCAGUGGCAUCUUAUGAUCCAAAAGUGUUAUCAGCUAUCAUAUUUAUUGCUGUGUCCAUGAAUGGGUUCGGAGGAAUCUGUCUAACCUUCACUUCACUCACAUUGCCAAAUAUGUUUGGAAAUGUGCGGUCUACGAUUCUUUCGCUCAUGAUUGGCUCGUACGCCUCCUCUGCUGUCACCUUUCCAGGAGUCAAGCUGAUCUAUGAUCUGGGUGUCUCAUUUUCGGUUAUAUUCUGGGUAUGGGCUGGGUUUGCCUGCCUCGUCUUCCUUAACUGCUUUAUUAACUGGCCGGGAGAAUCUUUUCCUGGCCCUGAGGACAUCAGAUACACUACAAUGGUGAAGUUGAGAAGUGAAGUAGCGGACCAAAAGAUGACUGAAGAAAGUUCUUUCACUCAGGAGACUUCAAAAGAGCAAGAGGCGACCAAACAGCAACCAUCCACAGAUGAAGCUCCCAGCGAUGGACCAGCUGCUCAGAGCCAGGGAUCUCCUCCCUUUAUCCGUUCUGUGUGCUCACCUAUUUUCCUGUGGAGCAUCAUCACCAUGGCGAUGACACAGCUCCGUCUCAUUUUUUUCAUGGGUGCCAUGAAUAAGAUGCUGGAGUUCCUCGUUACCCACGGUGACCCUAAUCCCUCAGAGGAGUUGGUGAAGGAGGCAGAGGAGAAAGUGAAUCUCUACUCGUCCAUCUUUGGCACUCUUCAGCUGCUCUGCCUGGUUUCCUGUCCUCUGAUUGGCUACAUCAUGGACUGGAGAAUGAAGGAGUGUGAGGACGUGGUGAAUUCAGCCAAGGGAGAAAAAAGUCCCUCAGGGCCUCAAAAAAGGGACAGAAAGAUCCAGAAACUCGCCAACGCCAUCAGAGCUUUCAUUUUUACGAACACCCUGCUAUUCAUCUUUGGCAUCAUCUCUCUCAUAGACAAUCUACCCGUACAGGUGGUGUCAUUUGUUCUUCACACUGCAGUCCGGGGUUUUAUUCACUCCUGCUGUGGUGGGCUCUACGCCGCUGUCUACCCAACCAAUCACUUUGGCACUCUGACGGGCUUGCAGUCCAUGAUCAGUGCUGUGUUUGCCCUCCUACAACAACCACUCUUCAUGUGCAUGGUGGGACCAUUGAAGGGUGAUCCUUAUUGGAUCAACAUGAGCCUGCUUGUGUUCUCAUUGGUUGGAUUCCUGCUGCCGGGAUACCUCUUCUACCACCGAAGACAAAUUACAAAGGAGAAUGCAGCACUUGAUAGUCUGUCAGUGAGCCAGUCAGCGCAGGAGAGCAACGGCCUCAGCCAAACAAAUGAUUCAGCAAAAUAUCAAACCAACGGGAACGUCUGAGGUGGAAAACAUUUAGGAUUGUGAAUUAUACACCAGAUUUAUGAGUUAUGAUAUAAUGGCACUUCAGAAACUGAAUUAUUGGCCUUCAUGUUUAGUCAAUGUUGAGUCGACAAAUAUAAAACAGUGUUAAAAAAACAAGCAAAUGUGCAAUUUAAAGCAUCAGACAAGACUUCGACUAUGUGACUGGUCAGGAAGUAUUUUCAAGGCUUUUAUUAUCAAUCAGAAAAACAUUAUGCCAUGACCUACAAUAUAUAGUUUGCAGUUUUCUCCAUUUAUUAUUAUUGCAUCGGCACUUUGAGAUUUCCAUCUAAAUGGUAGCAGAACCAGAAGGCGUUAAAUAUGAUCAAAAACAUCGACUCUUCCUUCCGUGAAGCACCUCCUGCCUCGUCACUUUUGUUAGUCCGUAUGA